AUGGUGUGUUCCAAAUCCAGAAGACAAGAAAAGCUGAAAUGGUCUGUUUUAACUUUGUCGCAAGAUCCUAAGGAGGGACACAUAGGAAGAGGGAUUCAACAAAGAGACGAAAAGGGAAAAAGAAAGCUCGGCGAGAUAAACAACCUAGGCGCAUCAGUUCUGAUGAUGAGAGAGGGCGAUUAUCAAGCUAGAAAGUCAUUGAAAACUAAAGGCACUGGUGGAGAGCCUCUCGCAGAGAAUGAUGAUCCUGUCAAUGUGAGCAGAAGUUCUGAUGAUGAGAAAGAAGACCACUAUCAAGCUAGAAAAAGUUCUAAUGAUGUGAAAGAGGACCACUAUCAAGCUAGAAAGUCAGUGAAAGCUAAAGGUAAGGACAUCUCCUAA